AUGGCCCGUGGAAGACGAAGCAAAUGGACGCCAAAGGCUCAUGCCCCACCUCCGAUAUCUGAGCGAGAAGCAAGACUUCAAUCGCGUCGGACGCGUCUUCAAGUCCUCGACCUACUACCCGGUGCCGCUGCGUCGCCACCGGCAUUCUCAGCUACUUUCCCCCUGGAGCCAACACACGUACAUGAAUCGAGCUCAAAACCUCAUUGUAAAUCGAGCCUCGAAGACGUGUUUGAGGAUGUUGAGCCCGCGGGGUCAUCCCAGCGAGGCUUCUCCGACGACGUUGACGCGACCCAUUCACGUUCACCCGUCAGACUGCGAAGGGUGCGUACUGCGUCAGUCACCGUCGUUACUUCCACCCCUAAUUUUAUGUACUGCUUCUAGUCUAUCAAUGAAGUGGACCUGUCUCCUGGAUCGGAGAAAAAGCUUUACGAGCCACAGAUUCGCCAACGAGUAGACUACAGCUCGGUGAGCAAACGGACAUUCCCAUGGUCGCGGCUGCCCGUUCAUUGUCCAUCGUCAGGGGCCAUUUCUGAACUGACGUGAUGGCUCAUUCCACCCAUGGCCCGUUCCACCCAAAUCGACCAUUUGGGCGCUCUAGUUACAAUCGAGGAGGUCAAUGACGUCGCUCCAAGGAAUGAAUUGCGCCGGCUCAUCAAAGCGAACUUGCUCGCCCUUGGUCAUGGAGAUCAUAAAACUACAGGAUACGCCAACGCUGUGGUCCGUAGUCUCCAGCUUCCAGCACUUUUAGACGCAAGCAAGCUGACCUCCGAGUCGGCUUUCACAGGAAUGGUGGCAAUAUCUUGCUUCAUCACUUUUCAAGCUUUCUAAGACGACAUUGCCGCCACAGUCGACCCGAAUGGCCGAGAGUGACUGGGUUUUGGACGUAUCUCUAAGCAAGUGGGUUGUUCAACGUAUCACACAAUUACGUAUUGUGCAUGCGCAAGGGCGUCCUCGCCUGAGAUGCCAACGAGUUCUUCCGUUCUCGACCUGGAGGCACUCCUGCACUGCGCACCUCUCAAGCUUUCGCAAGGUGCGGAUAUGAAUUUGCAGUCCGUCCUGUCGCACGAUUUCGGAGGCAUAGGUUCUGUCAUGGAUGUCAGUACGUGCCGAUGUUGUGCAGGGGGACAGAGAACGUUGCUUUCGUUCACUCAAGUCCCCAUGUGCUUCACCAUCAUGCACAACGGAAGCACCGUACGCUGGACGCCGGACGCUCGAGGCUCAGACCUCGUCUUUUGCGAUGACACUGGCUUGGACUCGGGAGUCGUUGCGCGGUGGUCACAGCUCCGACUUUAUGACCAUCGACUUGUAUGUCUUCAUCUGCUAG